AUGGUGUGGCUCGAGUGGCUCGGAGACAACGGCUGGAACGUACGAGCACAGGGAGAUGUGUUGCAGGAGAAUAUUCUCUACGCCACAAACGAUGAUAUCAACAUUGAGAACUUUAGGAACUAUCGAAAGCGCAGCAAAGUAUGUUUGCCAGAGCCCUGCAAAGAUCUGGAUGCUUAUUCUGGAUUUAUACCUGUGAACGCAGACAACACAGCUUUCCUGUUCUUCUUGCACAUCAAAUCAAAGAUAAACCCUGCCCGAAAACCUCUACUUCUGUGGCUGCAAGGUAGUCCCGGUGUGUCCUCGCUCUUUGGUCAGUUUCUUUCGAAUGGGCCCCUGGGGAUUGAUGCCGAUGGAAAGCUGUACCACCGCACCUAUUCUCUUAUACGAGAUUUCAAUGUCAUCUACCUUGGCCAGCCGGCAGGAGCAGGAUACAGCUUCAGUGAAGAAAGAAGAAUACCCUGGCACACUCGACGAGGUGUCUCUACAGCCAGAGCUGCGAUUGCAGUGGCCACUUACAUAGACAAGAAAACAGAUAUCCCCCUCCGGUUCAAGGGACUCAUGCUUGGUGUCGGACUUGUGUUUCCAUUGAUGGACAUCGUUGACUCGGCUAAUUUUCUUCAUACGUCUGGUCUUCUAGACGAGUACGGCAGAAGGACUUUAGCAUCUUGGUUUGAGAUCAUCAGAGCUUCUGUAAAGCGACAAGAAUUAGCGAAGGCAGCUGACGAACUGUUCAAAACUGUUUUUAACAUGCCACCUGUCGGUCAGAAAACUAUCUUUCAGGGGCCUACCGGUUUCGAUCAUCACGGAAGUAUUGCAAGAACUCGUCAACCACUACGCGUUCAAAGGAAAGCCCGAGGGCAGUCAACGUACGAUCCUCCCCUCAUCGCCACACCAGAUAAGGACGCGUGA